AUGGCAUUGGCCUUGGUAGCUGAAUCCGCGGCGUCGAUCGUAAUCGAGAAGGUGAUCAACACAGCCUUAUCCUACGACGAGGAGUGCGGCGGGCCGAGUAACAUGCAGGACGAGAUCCAGAGGCUUCAGCAGGCCCUUCCGCAGAUCCAAGCGAUCUCGGCCGCCGUCGAGGGGAUGCAGAAUGUCAGUACUGAGCAAAACAAGGUGCUGGACGCGUGGCUGUGGCAGCUCAGAGAUGCCGCUGAGCGAGCAGAGGACGUGUUCGAUGAGCUGGAGUACUACAAGCUGGAGAAGAGAGUGCAAGCGCGCGGCGGUAGUGUACUCAACUUUAAACGGAAGUUUACUGAUUUUGCUAAGAAUAUGUUCGGAAAUGACACCUUGAACAGGUUGAGGGAGGCCGUGAAGGCGUUAGAUAAGGUUGCAGCAACUGUAGGACCUUUCCUGCAGCUCGCUUCGCAACUGUACGAUUCGAAUGUUAGGUGUCGACAAGAAGACGAGCUACGAAAUGCUCGCGCGACUAGCUCCUUUUUAACUGAGAGCAUUAUUUACGGUCGAGACGAGGAGAGGGACGUGAUAGUUGGAUGGUUAACUAAACCGACACGUGACAAGCUGGAGAAUACCUCUGCUGCUGCAGGAAAUGUCUCGGUUUUUGCGAUCGUCGGGAUGGGUGGGAUGGGAAAAACUGCGCUCACGCAGUUCGUCUACCAUGAUAAAAGAGUACAACGGUGCUUCGACUUGGUUAUGUGGGUGUGCGUUUCUGAUAGAUUUGACGCGGCUAUGCUGACGGUAAAGAUCUUAGAAGCGGCGAUGGUUAGGGAUAGUCUUGGUGACAAGAGCCUUAACACGAUUCAAGAGAUUCUUAAAGAGAAGCUUAUCUCCAAGAAGUUUCUUCUUGUGCUGGAUGAUGUUUGGAAUGAUAAUAAAAUACUUGAAUGGGAUAAAUUGGUGGCUCCUUUAAAAUUCGGCAGAAAAGGAAGCAAGAUUCUCUUGACAACGCGAAUGGAUUCAGUGGCGAAUGCAGUAGCCAGAGUUCUACAAGGUAGAAAAGAAUCUUUAAAAUUGAGUGGGUUAAAAGAAGAUGAUUUUAUACUGCUUUUCAAUAAGCAUGCCUUUGCCGGAGCGAACAUUGACGACCACAGAAACUUAGAAUUGAUCGGUCAGCAAAUAGCAAAGAAGCUUGGGGGAUGCCCGCUGGCAGCAAAAAUUUUGGGAGGAUGUUUGAACUCUUGCAUGGAUGAAAAAUAUUGGAGGAGAAUUUUGAAUGAAAAUUUUCUGAAUUUGCAAGAAAGUGAGGACAACAUUAGGAUGAUUCUGAGAUUGAGCUAUCAGCAACUGCCGAUAAGCUCGCAAAUUUGCUUCAGAUACUGCAGUAUCUUUCCUAAGGAUCAUGAAUUCGAAAAGAAUGAGCUUAUCUAUUUGUGGAUAGGUUCUGGGUUGAUCAAGCAACCAACACAUGAAAAGCGAAGCCUAGAGGAUAUCGGAGAGGAGUACUUAAACCAUCUAGCAAGAAGAUCCCUUUUUGAUAUCAAAAUAAGUGAGGGAGCAUUUGGCCUUAAACAGAGUUAUGUCAUGCAUGAUCUGUUGCAUGAUCUAGCUCAAUUUGCCUCUUUAGGGGAAUGCUUGAGAAUCGAAGGUGAUGGUUCCAGAGAAAUUCCGAAAACGAUCCGCCACAUAUAUGUCAAAAGGGUAAACCCUCUUAUGAUCUCCCACCUGAAGAACUUACGCACCCUUUUUAUUCAUUUAAACAAGGACUAUGAUGUAAUAGUAUUUAAUGAGGUUCUAAAAAAGUUAAAAAGCUUACGUUUACUACAAGUGACUGCAGAUAACUAUAAGCUUCUGGAUGAAGUUGGUAACCUCAUUCACCUCCGCUACCUCUCUCUCACUCCAUGGAUCGACGAAGUAUUUAAGAGAUAUUCGCUACCUCAAUCUAUAUGUGGACUCCAAUCUGUGUGUAGACUCUAUCACCUCGAAGUAAUGAAGCUCCCAGCAACGAAAACUGAAAUAGAUGAUUCAGCGCUGGUUGGAAUGAGCAAUCUAGUUAAAUUGAGGAUGCUAGACAUUCCCGCUCGUGUAACAGCCAAGAUUCCUUGGAUCGGCAAAGUAACAUUACUGCAGAACUUAGAUUAUUUCUAUGUCCGCGAGGAGUGUAGCUACAAGAUCUGUCAAUUAAAAAACCUGCGAAAUCUUCGAAAACUAUGCAUUGAUGGUCUGCAAAAUGUAAGGAGUCCACAAGAGGCUAUAGAUGCCAACUUGAUUGAGAAAGAAAAUCUUGACAAAUUGUCACUAGUUUGGCCUAAGAAUCGCGCUGGUCGUUUAGAGGUAGAUGGGCCACUUCUUGAUAACUUAAAACCACACACCAAUCUCAAGGAACUGGAAAUUAAAGGAUACGCCGGAGUUAGAUCUCCGCAUUGGAUGACAGCGCCAUCUCUUUCUAACAUAACAUCUAUCAAUCUACACGAUUGUAAGAGAUGGGAGAACCUCUCACCUUUUGGGCAACUUCCUUUGCUCAAGUUUCUGUGUCUACGACAUAUGCCGGCUAUAAGGAAAUUAUCGUGUUCAAGUCGUGUUGGUGGUUGCGCCUUUCCAUCGCUGAAGGAGCUAAAAUUGUAUGACAUGCCAAACUUGGAGCUGUUCGAAGGCGAGCACCUGUUUCCUCACCUUAAUAAGUUUGAUAUUAGUUCUUGUCCUAGCUUGAAGGGUUUGCCUGCUUUGCCUCUUACUCUGAAUCAACUGGACAUUUGGACGGUCGGAAUGACAUCUCUUCCGAUGAUGCAACAAGAUUGCGGUCGUGGCGAAGGACGAGUAUCCUGCUCACCAUCACAUCCGGCACUUUCUUAUCUACGUAUUGGUAAGUGCCCAAACCUCACAUCUCUGGAUGGAUUCAUUUUGCAGCAACAAUAUUUUCCAGCCUUGGCGAGUUUAUCGAUUAAAGAAUGCAAAAAUCUAAGGCUUCUGCCGAAGUUCUUCUUCCAAAAACUUCCCUCCCUCAAGUAUUUGAUUACAGAAAUGUGUCCCAAUCUAACGACACACAGGAUUCUAGACAAUCGAUUCCCCGAGACACUUGAAAAGCUCACUCUUGAAUCUAGCGGUGAUCUCGGUUUGUCGCUGGUCGAGGCGCCAAUACUGGCCUUUCUGACUGACUUGAAGAUUGACGGUUGCGCGAGCAUAACAUCCUUUCCUCCGGCAGAAGUUUUGCCCAGGUUGAUGAAUCUCUACAUCCGGAAUUGUAAAGAACUGUCAUCAUUGGAUGGGCUACAUGCUCUCCCCUCGCUCGAAUCCUUGUACAUUGGAGGAUGCGACAAGCUCAUCGAACUUUCACUGAUGCAACCGCCAAUAGGCCUCGAUAUGGUGUCGCGCCCUUCAAUAGAGCUUCGCGCUCUUGAAAUCGACCAGCAAGCUCUGUUGCUCAUCGAACCACUGAGAAGCCUCAACUCUGUUUGCUCAUUCAUUAUACAGGAUGGUGCAGAACUCACAUCCUCUACCGAGACAUGGCUGCUGCAAAACCAAAACUCCCUUCAAAUUUUAAAGAUAUGUAAAGCUUUAUCUCUUCAAUCCUUUCCCCCUAUUCUGAUGCAUCUUCGAUCCCUGUGUGCUCUGAGCAUAUAUGAUGCUCCUUUGCUCCAGUCGAUUCCAGAACUGCCCGCCACAAUGGAAUUUCUAACAAUUACAGGUUGUCAACCUGAACUGAAGGAGUACAUAAAAGGCUCUGGAAAAUUUGCCAAUGUUCCUUAUGUGAGGAUCACUGAAGAUUGA